AUGCCCAUCACACCUACCAAGUACGCCAUCACCACCAGGCAGUCGGUUAACUGGGACGACGCCAAGCGAAGGGUGUUCGCACUUUAUCGGCGAUGGCUCCGGUCGACACCCGAGAUGCAGUCCAUGUACUCGCUACCCCUCCCCAUUUCGGUCAUUCGCACCCGCAUCAGGCAGGAAUUCGAGCGCAACCGCUUCGUUAACAAGUUGCCCGUGGUGGAUGUUCUGCUCACAAAGGGCCAUGCCGACUAUCAAGAAACCAUGAACUUCUGGCGCCAGACGACUCACAUGAUGUCGUACUUCAACGAGGAGAGCUUCCGUGGAGCCAAGAGACUUCCCUCCAGCUUUAUCGAUGGCUUCCUGCAGGGUCGCAACUAA